AUGAUGGCACAAUUAUCACCGAAAAGAGCUGACGGCAAAGGAGUACGUGUUUGGUGUGACGGAUGCUACGAUAUGGUGCACUUCGGUCACGCCAAUCAACUACGACAGGCCAAAGCGAUGGGCGAUCGCCUGAUAGUCGGCGUCCACUCAGACGCGGAGAUCACUCGACACAAGGGUCCGCCCGUUUUCAACGAAGAGGAGAGAUAUAAAAUGGUUUCGGCCAUCAAAUGGGUGGACGAAGUGGUCAGAGACGCCCCUUAUAUCACGACUCUGGAGACGUUAGACAAAUACGACUGCGAUUUCUGUGUCCACGGAGACGAUAUCACACUCGACGCCGACGGACACGACACCUACCGUUACGUGAAAGAGAACGGCCGGUAUAAGGAGUGUCAGCGCACGGCCGGUGUGUCCACAACCGAUUUGGUGGGACGGAUGCUGUUGUUGACGAAAGCACAUCACCGCCAAAGUCGCGGUCCCGUCGACGACUUGCCCGACAGAGAGCACACCGAAAACAUAAGUCGCGACUCAUCGACACACAGCCCGUGGACGGGUAUCUCGCAGUUCCUGCCGACCACUCAGAAGAUUAUACAGUUCGCGGAGGGAAAGGAGCCGAAGCCUAACGAUCGUAUCGUUUACGUCGCCGGAGCUUUCGAUCUGUUCCAUGUCGGACACAUAGACUUCUUGGAAAAGGCGAGCAAAGAAGGCGAUUAUCUAAUCGUCGGCCUUCACACCGACGUUGUGGUCAACAAAUAUCGGAGCUAUAAUUACCCGAUUAUGAAUCUACACGAACGAGUGCUUUCUGUACUCGCAUGCAAAUACGUGAAUGAAGUGGUGAUCGGCGCCCCGUAUAGCGUCAAAAGCGAUCUAAUGAACCACUUUAAAGUGGAUGUCGUAAUCCAUGGUCACACAGAUAUUCAUCCAGACGCUGAUGGCAGUGAUCCCUAUGCGGAACCGAAACGUUUGGGUAAAUUCAAAGCGAUUAAAAGCGGCAAUGAUUUGUCCACAUUUGAUAUUGUGGACAGAAUUAUAGCCAAUUCUAUGCAAUUCAGGCUCAGGAAUAAGAAUAAGGAGAAGAAAGAGAUUGAUUUAAUUAAGAAACUCCAACAACAAGAAAAUCCUACCAAAAAUGGUGUCCAAAUUGACUGAAAUGUUAAACAUGUUGUCACAAGUCAUAAGUCAGUUGUUUAGUGAUUGCCUUCAAAAUUUUUAAGGUUUUUUCGUUAAGG